UACGAGUCGUCUUUGACUGCUCAGCUAAGUUUCGAGAGACGUCCUUGAAUGAUCAUCUCCUUACCGGUCCAGAGUUGACAAACACAUUGCUGGGCGUCCUUUGUCGUUUUCGUAAGGGGCCAGUUGCAAUCAUGUGUGACGUAGAGCGCAUGUUCCACCAGUUUCAUGUGAAAGCAGAAGACCAAGAUUAUCUACGGUUCCUUUGGUGGGAGAACGGAGAUCUAGAGUCUCAACCCUCAGUGUAUCGUAUGAAGGUCCACUUGUUCGGCGCAGCUUCAUCUCCUGGUUGCGCCAACUAUGGUCUCAAACAUCUUGCUGCCGAAGGACGAGGAAGCUUCAGCGAGAAGUCUAUCCAGUUCAUAGAAAGGAACUUUUAUGUUGAUGAUGGGUUGACGAGCGUAUCGUCUGAAGCUGAAGCGGCCCAGCUGGUGAAAGAAGCAAGAGAGCUUUGCAGCAUCGGCAAACUUCGGUUGCACAAGUUUAUCUCUAACAGCAAGGAAGUUAUAGCCACAAUUCCCAAGGAAGAACGUGCCAAGGGUGCCAAAGACCUGGAUAUGGCUCUGGGUGAACCACACAUGGAGAGAGCGCUUGGUGUACUGUGGUGUGUCGCAUCAGACGAGUUCCAGUUUAGAGUAGUUGUCAAGGAACGCCCACUCACAAGAAGAGGAGUGUUGUCUACAGUAGCCUCUGUAUAUGAUCCGCUUGGGUUUGUGGCACCCUUUGUCCUGGCGGGGAAGCAGAUCUUGCAGCGGAUGUGUUGUGACAAAAUCGAUUGGGAUGACCCCCUUCCAGAUGACCUACGUUCCCAGUGGGAAUUCUGGCUCCAAGGUCUACAAAACUUGUCUGAGGUAAGGAUCCAACGAAGCUACUUGCCAUCAAGUUUCAAGGAGGUGCAGAGUUAUGAGCUCCAUCACUUCUCGGACGCUAGUACCUCAGGUUAUGGAGAGUGCUCAUACCUCAGAACAAUCAGCACCGCAGGAGAAGUUCAUUGCUCCCUAGUUAUGGGGAAGUCGAGAGUCGCCCCCUCCAAGGUUACGACCAUACCACGACUGGAACUUUCAGCAGCGGUGGUAGCUGUUCGAACAAGUGACAUGCUCAAAAAGGAGCUAGAGAUACAAGGUCUACAGGAAUACUUCUGGACCGACUCGAAGGUAGUUCUUGGCUACAUCAACAAUGAAGCCAGAAGAUUCCACGUCUUUGUAGCUAACCGUAUUCAACGCAUUAAGCAAAGCACAGAUCCCGAACAAUGGAGAUAUGUGACCUCUGAAGAGAAUCCUGCGGAUCAUGCUUCCAGAGGUCUCACAUCAGAACAGCUCAUGGCUUCCAACUGGUUCACAGGUCCAGACUUUCUUUGGCAUGAAGAACUUCCCAAAGGACAAGUCAAGGGGGAAGAGUUCUCAAACAAUGAUCCAGAGCUGAAAUCCCUGGUCCAUGAUACCCAAGCAAAGGAAGAAAGAUCAUUACUAGAUCACCUUCAUAAGUUCUCAGACUGGGCAAGAGUGGUAAAAGCUAUUGCCAGGCUCAAACGACAUGUCAAGGAAGCCAUAGGCUUAAAAUUGAGGUCCAGUGAAGCUACAAGCAUAGAAGAAAGGAGAGAGGCAGAACUCACCAUUAUAAAGAUGGUUCAAGAAGCAGCCUUCUCCCAUGAGAUACACAAUCUCAGGCACCAGAAAGACAUCAAGACCAAAGAUAAAGCAAGCAAGUUGCGUAAAUUGAGUCCAUUUCUGGAUGAGCAAGGUAUCCUCAGGGUGGGAGGUCGCUUGGCUCAUGCAACUCUUCAUUCCCAUGUGAAGCAUCCCGCAAUCCUGCCAAGAGAUAGCCACUUGUCAGUGCUGCUCAUCAAGCACUAUCAUGAAAAAGUACGACACCAAGGACGUGGAAUGACGAUCAAUGAGCUGCGAUCCAACGGUAUAUGGAUCCUAGGAUGCAGCAAUGCAGUUUCCUCUCACAUCUACAAAUGUGUGAAAUGCAGGAAAUUCAGAAGAUGUACAGAAGGGCAAAGGAUGGCAGAUCUUCCAAAGGAACGCAUGGAGACCGCGCCUCCCUUCACAUACUGCGGGAUGGACUGCUUUGGACCUUUCUAUGCCAAGGACGGAAGAAGAGAGUUAAAGCGUUAUGGGCUCCUAUUCACUUGCAUGGGCUCCCGAGCAGUUCACAUUGAAAUGCUUGACGACUUAACCACCGACGCUUUUAUCAAUUCCCUGCGUUCAUUCAUUGCCAUACGUGGUAAUGUUCGUCAAAUCAGAUGUGAUCAAGGCAGCAACUUCAUUGGCGCAAGACGCGAGUUUGUGGACGCCCUGAAAGAAAUGGAUCAAACACGACUGAAGGAACUUGGAUGCGAGUUUAUCAUGAACACCCCAUCUUCAAGUCACAUGGGUGGUGUUUGGGAAAGGCAAAUCCGCACGAUACGAAGUGUCUUAACAUCCACUCUUGAUCAGUCAGACGGAAGACUCGACACCGCUUCUCUGCGUACCUUUCUCUAUGAAGUCAUGGCGAUUUUAAAUAGUAGGCCCCUAACUACGGAAUAUCUGAAUGAUCCAUUAGGUCCAGAACCUCUCACGCCAAAUCAUAUCUUGACAAUGAAGUCCACAGUUAUCUUACCGCCACCUGGACAGUUCAUCAAGGAAGAUCUUUAUCUCCGCAAGAGAUGGCGCAGAGUACAAUUUUUAGCCAAUGAAUUCUGGACAAGGUGGAAGAAAGAGUACCUCCUAAACCUCCAACACAGACAGAAAUGGAGUAAAGACAGAAGAAACGCAAGGAUUAAUGACAUUGUCAUUUUGCAAGAUGAUACUGCACCACGCAACCAGUGGAAAUUGGCAAAGGUUACAGAAGUGUACCCGGGACAGGAUGGCCGGGUGAGAAGAGUCAAGUUACUGAUCAGCGACUCAACCCUAGAUGAGAGAGGUAAACGCAUCACCAAACCCACCUAUCUGGAGAGGCCCAUCCAUAAGACAGUCACCCUCCUGGAAGCCGAUCAAGAAACCUGCAGACCCCUUUCACAGAAAUCACCGGUGAUUGGUGGGAGUGUAACUGACAGUUAGACUUACAGGUUAUCUCGUGGUCUUUUGUUUGAAUUGUUUAUGUGUCCGCUGUGCGGGGGAAAUGAUAAUGA